GAAUAGUUCAUCAAUGCUAGUCAUCGUGUAGCAGGUUGAUGAAAUGACUGAUUUAGGCGUGUCGCAAAGGAGAUAGCUUAUUAGAAAAUAUUGCUUGUAAAUUAGAACAUUGAAAUGGCAGAAUGGAAAGCUUCAAUUGACUUCUCAAAGUUUAGACAGUGCGUAUUACAUAGCUCUUACCAUCUUACCAGUCGGUGUACUUUCCAUAACCCACCCGUACCAGCCGUACUUGCAUGAUGUAAGGCCCAUUGGACGUAACCCCCCACAGUACCUCCAAGCACUAUUCAGAAGGUACGUACUGUAGAGACUAUAGACGUCGGCUAUAUUUUAGUAACAGCAUUUUAGUAACAGUAGGUAACUUUGACUUAUGGGUCAAUCUAACAGUAAGCAAUCUUGAAAUAACAAAGUAAAGUUCAAGCUUCAUUUUUUCUUAAUUGCUCAUUCUCCAAGUAUCUACCUAGAGAUUGUUACUCGUCGUAAUGCUCGUAUUUGGAUAGAAAUAUCGUAUACUUCGUACUUCGUUCAUAUUUGCUAGUUAUUGGCCUUCAAUAUCUCACCGAAAACCAGACACGAGAUAGAUCUCACCUGAAUUCAAAGACACAUCAUAGACGAAACGUUUAUCUCAUUUAGAAUGCCUCCAAUACUCAUACUGGUCCGUCACGCUCAGGCUCGCCAUAAUGCAGAAAAAAACUUUACAAUACCUGAUCCGGACUUGACUGAGGAGGGGCAUGGGCAAUGUGUAGACUUACGGAAGAGUCUCAUAGAAAACCCACUAGCUCGGCAAGCCGAACUCAUCGUAGUAUCUCCCUUGCGCAGGACGAUGCAGACAGCAUUACGAUCCGUCGACUGGCUUAUCGAGAAGGGUAUCAAGAUAGAAGCCGAUGCGGAUUGGCAAGAAAAUUCAAACCAUGGGUGUGACACCGGAAGCCCCGUCGAUAAACUCAUAGAAGAGUUCCCCACGGUCGACUUCUCAAAGGUCGACCCGGUCUUCCCAGACAAGACGUCGUCACUAGGUAGCCGCUAUCACUUCACGAAAUCAGCUCUUUUGGCGCGUGCUCAAGCAGCCUUGAAGAAACUAUACGAACGCCCAGAAAAGGUAAUUAUCGUCGUCUCUCAUUCGGCCUUCUUGCGACUCGCAGUCUCCGGCUAUUGGUACUUUAACGCCGACUAUCGCAUCUUCGACUUUGCGCCUGUGAACAACCCGGGGGACUCAUAUCAACUCGAGCAGCACGAGUCUACCAGAGAGAAGGGCGGAGGGCUCGGUCGGAGCUGGAUCGAUCCCAUAGUGCUAGGCUCGGAGCUGCCGGGAGAAGAUCCGGAUGCUAAAGACAACAGCGGCGGAAACGGCCGGGGAUAUUGAAGACGGCCUUUUAGAUAUCGGUCCCGAACAUGAUAAGACCCAUGGCCAACAUAUAAUUACCUCUGUCAAAUGUUCCCUGCAGUACGGUUUCGGGAUUCGGGAUAACCGCGUAUGGUAGAUCAAAGCGAGAAAGCUCAUGCAACAUCUAAUUUUUUAUUUACCUUACUCUGACGCUACUUUAAGCGUCUAGUAAAUGGUAGUUAUGGCUAAUAAGCCAGACUGAAAUACUGAAAUGAAGAAUCGAGGCUGUGUUAGUGGUUUCUAUCUAAAGAACCCAUUUUAACUUAAGGACUAUCCCUAUUUGUACUGAUGAAAUAGCACGUUUUAUUAUUUGUUCAUCCUACAAGAUACAAGUCACAGAUGAUUUUACAUAAUCGUCCGAGCAGUCUGACGGUUGACAGGCAUGUUUCCGGUUGAUAAAUGCACAGCCUCAAGUACUAC